AUGUUUUACAAACAAUGUCUAUCCAAUGUGAUAAGACAAUCAUCAAUACAAAACAUACUAUCACAGGGAAUAAAAUCUCCAUCUAUCCUCAAAUUAUUUUCAACAUCAUCAACCUUUCUUUCACCAACAGCCAAUACUGGACCAAUAAGUACCACAACACCACUUUCUAGAUUCAACGAAUUGAGUGAAGACGCAGACAAAAUACCAAAUACGACUACAGCUUUUGAACCAUCAACCACAGCUCCAGCAAAAGCAAAAGUAAAUGAGAAAAUAGUGUAUUGGAAAUUAUACGCAACAUUCAAUAGACAUAAUACGAGAUGUACAUUAGUAGCAGUUGUUGAGGAUUUAAAUUUCCUAAAAUCUAAUGAGAAUUUGUCAUAUAAUGAAAAAGUUCUAUAUUAUUUACAAUUACCACAUAAAGUAAAAUAUUCUAUAACGGCUGGGCAAUUAGGUUUUAGAAAAUCUCAAAGACAAGAAUAUGAAGCAGGAUUUCAAGUCUCUUCUAAAAUGUUUAAAACUAUUCAAGAAAGAAAUUAUAUUGGUCCAAAUGAUAAAAUCGAAUUAAUUUUAAAAAAUUUUGGAAAAGGUAGGGAAGCUUUCCAAGCUGCUUUAUUAGGUAAGGAAGGUUCAUUUUUGAAAAAUAAUAUUGUUAGGAUAAGUGAUUCUACCGUGAUCAGAUUUGGUGGUAACAGACCAAAAAAAUUACGUCGUUUAUAG